UUGCGAAUCUAUCGACCAUCUCUGUAAAAUGUCUGCCGCAUCCUAAACGUUUUGCAAAAGAACCGGAAAAUUGUUAAAAAUCAACAAAAAGUGCUUCAAGUUUAUAAAAUAGCGGUUGAGCGAUGUCUAUACCGCCGUAUAUGAUACCGCCCAAUCCCUGGGCGGCCCAACUGAUGGCCCAGCAGCAAGCUUAUGCCGCAGCACAUGCACAGCAGGCCCAGCUGCAUGCGCAGCAGCAGAUGGCCAAUCAGAUACAGCAAAUACCUCCGCCGGGUGCGCCAUUGCCGCCACCAGGGCAUGCUAAUGGAGUCGCAGCACCAGCGGCGGGUGCGCCACAGCCGCAGCUGGGUCAGAUACCGACACCCAAGCCGGAUAUUCUCACCGAGGAAAAACUGCAGGAGAAAGCGCUCAAGUGGCAGCAUUUGCAGUCCAAGCGCUUUGCUGAAAAGCGUAAAUUCGGCUUCAUCGACACACAGAAGGAGGACAUGCCGCCGGAGCAUAUUCGUAAGAUUAUUCGCGAUCAUGGUGAUAUGACUUCGCGUAAGUAUCGCCACGAUAAGCGUGUCUAUCUGGGUGCACUCAAGUACAUGCCACAUGCUGUGCUUAAGCUGCUCGAGAACAUGCCCAUGCCUUGGGAGCAGAUUCGUGAUGUCCAGGUGUUGUAUCACAUCACGGGCGCGAUUACCUUUGUCAAUGAGAUUCCCUGGGUUAUUGAGCCGGUUUACAUUGCCCAGUGGGGUACCAUGUGGAUUAUGAUGCGUCGUGAGAAACGCGAUCGUCGUCACUUUAAGCGUAUGCGUUUCCCGCCCUUCGACGACGAAGAACCGCCUCUUGAUUAUGCUGACAACGUUUUAGAUGUUGAGCCCUUGGAGGCCAUACAAAUUGAACUGGACAACGAUGAAGAUAAUGCCGUCUACAAAUGGUUCUACGAUCAUCGUCCUCUAGUUGAUACACAAUUUGUAAAUGGCUCCACUUACCGCAAGUGGAAUCUAUCGUUGCCACAGCUAGCUACACUUUAUCGGUUAGCAAAUCAAUUGCUUACGGACUUAGUUGACAAUAACUUCUUUUAUCUAUUUGAUCCCAAGAGUUUCUUUACCGCUAAAGCGCUUAACAUGGCCAUACCCGGUGGACCAAAGUUUGAGCCGCUUAUAAAGGAUCAUAAUGUUGGUGAUGAGGACUGGAACGAGUUCAAUGACAUUAAUAAAGUUAUUAUUAGACAACCGAUUCGCACAGAAUAUCGCAUUGCGUUCCCGUAUCUCUACAACAAUAUGCCACACUUUGUGCAUCUUAGCUGGUAUCACACACCCAACGUGGUCUACAUUAAGACCGAAGAUCCUGAUUUGCCUGCCUUCUAUUUCGAUCCGCUUAUCAAUCCAAUUUCGCAUCGCAAUGUUAAUUCGAAAAUUCAGGAACCCAUACCCGAUGAUGAUGAGGAGUUCACGCUGCCAGAUGAUGUGCAGCCUUUCCUCCAGGAUACGCCGCUGUACACUGAUAACACGGCCAAUGGCAUAGCACUUUUAUGGGCACCACGUCCGUUUAAUAUGCGCUCGGGUCGCUCGCGUCGUGCCAUUGAUGUGCCUCUGGUAAAGUGCUGGUACAAGGAACAUUGUCCACCUGGACAUCCGGUUAAGGUGCGCGUCAGCUAUCAGAAAUUGCUCAAAUACUAUGUGCUCAAUGCGCUGAAGCAUCGCAAACCAAAGCCACAGAAGAAGCGCUACUUGUUCCGCUCGUUUAAAGCGACAAAGUUCUUCCAGACUACAACGCUCGAUUGGGUUGAGGCUGGUCUGCAAGUGUGUCGUCAAGGUUAUAACAUGCUCAAUUUGCUGAUUCAUCGUAAGAAUCUGAACUAUCUGCAUUUGGAUUACAAUUUCAACUUGAAGCCCGUCAAGACGCUGACCACAAAAGAGCGUAAAAAGUCACGUUUCGGCAAUGCUUUCCAUUUGUGCCGUGAGAUACUGCGUUUAACCAAGCUGAUCAUUGAUUCGCAUGUCCAGUAUCGCCUAAACAAUGUGGAUGCCUUCCAGUUGGCUGAUGGUCUGCAAUAUAUCUUUGCUCACGUCGGUCAACUAACGGGCAUGUAUCGCUACAAGUACAAGCUGAUGCGACAGAUUCGCAUGUGCAAGGAUUUGAAGCAUUUGAUCUACUAUCGCUUCAACACGGGUCCUGUGGGCAAGGGUCCGGGUUGUGGUUUCUGGGCGCCAGGCUGGCGUGUGUGGUUAUUCUUUAUGCGUGGCAUAACACCACUGCUGGAGCGCUGGUUGGGCAAUUUGCUGUCACGUCAAUUCGAGGGACGACACUCCAAGGGUGUUGCGAAAACCGUGACAAAACAGCGUGUGGAAUCGCAUUUCGAUUUGGAAUUGCGUGCUUCGGUUAUGCACGAUAUUGUCGACAUGAUGCCCGAGGGCAUUAAGCAAAACAAGGCACGUACCAUUCUUCAGCAUCUAUCGGAGGCGUGGCGCUGCUGGAAGGCCAACAUCCCGUGGAAGGUGCCCGGCCUGCCCAUUCCCAUUGAGAACAUGAUUCUGCGUUAUGUCAAGAUGAAGGCAGAUUGGUGGACAAACACUGCGCAUUAUAAUCGUGAGCGCAUCCGUCGUGGCGCUACCGUGGACAAGACUGUGUGCAAGAAGAAUUUGGGACGUCUGACGCGUCUCUACUUGAAGGCCGAACAGGAGCGACAGCACAACUACCUCAAGGAUGGCCCUUACAUAUCACCCGAGGAGGCGGUGGCCAUCUAUACUACAACCGUGCAUUGGCUGGAGUCACGUCGCUUUGCGCCCAUACCGUUCCCUCCUCUCUCAUACAAACACGACACGAAGCUGCUGAUUCUGGCGCUGGAGCGUCUCAAGGAAGCGUACAGUGUGAAGUCACGUUUGAAUCAAAGCCAGCGCGAGGAGCUGGGUCUCAUUGAACAGGCAUACGAUAAUCCUCACGAGGCACUUUCGCGUAUCAAGCGUCACCUGUUGACGCAACGUGCUUUCAAAGAGGUGGGCAUCGAGUUCAUGGACUUGUACAGUCAUUUAAUACCCGUGUACGAGGUGGAACCGCUGGAGAAGAUUACAGACGCCUAUUUAGAUCAGUAUCUGUGGUAUGAGGCAGACAAGCGACGUCUGUUCCCGCCAUGGAUCAAGCCAAGUGACACGGAACCACCGCCGCUACUUGCCUACAAGUGGUGUCAAGGCAUUAACAAUCUGCAGGAUGUCUGGGAUGUAGGAGAGGGCGAAUGCAAUGUGCUGCUUGAAUCCCGCUUUGAGAAACUCUACGAGAAGAUUGAUCUAACGCUGCUCAAUCGAUUGCUGCGUCUGAUUGUCGAUCACAACAUUGCCGAUUACAUGACGGCCAAGAACAACGUUGUAAUCAACUACAAGGACAUGAAUCACACGAACAGUUAUGGCAUCAUACGUGGCCUGCAGUUCUCCUCCUUCAUCACACAGUACUAUGGACUUGUUUUGGAUCUGUUGGUGCUUGGCCUGCAUCGUUCCAGUGAAAUGGCUGGUCCGCCGCAGAUGCCCAACGAUUUCCUCACAUUCCAGGACGCAGUCACGGAAACAGCGCAUCCCAUUCGUCUUUACUGUCGCUAUGUGGAUCGCAUACAUUUGUUCUUUAGAUUUUCGGCUGAAGAGGCGCGUGAUCUGAUUCAACGUUAUCUUACCGAGCAUCCCGAUCCCAAUAAUGAGAACAUUGUCGGCUACAACAAUAAAAAGUGUUGGCCCCGCGAUGCACGUAUGCGUCUGAUGAAGCACGACGUUAAUCUUGGCCGUGCUGUCUUCUGGGACAUAAAGAAUCGACUGCCACGUUCGGUGACCACCAUUGGCUGGGAGAGCACUUUUGUCUCAGUCUAUUCGAAAGACAAUCCCAACUUGCUGUUCAACAUGAGCGGCUUCGAGUGUCGCAUCUUGCCAAAGUGCCGCACUCAAAAUGAGGAGUUUACGCAUCGUGAUGGCGUUUGGAAUUUGCAGAACGAAAUUACCAAGGAGCGAACAGCGCAAUGUUUCUUGCGUGUCGAUGACGAAUCGCUUGGACGUUUCCACAAUCGUGUGCGUCAAAUUCUGAUGGCAUCCGGCUCCACCACAUUCACCAAGAUUGUCAACAAAUGGAAUACAGCGUUGAUUGGCCUGAUGACCUAUUUCCGUGAAGCUGUUGUAAAUACACAAGAGCUGUUGGAUCUGCUGGUCAAGUGCGAAAACAAGAUUCAGACGCGUAUCAAGAUUGGUCUGAACUCUAAGAUGCCUUCGCGUUUCCCGCCCGUUGUGUUCUACACACCAAAAGAGUUGGGCGGCCUGGGCAUGUUAAGCAUGGGUCAUGUGCUGAUUCCACAAUCAGAUCUACGCUGGUCCAAGCAAACUGAUGUGGGCAUUACGCAUUUCCGAUCCGGCAUGUCGCACGAUGAGGAUCAGCUUAUUCCCAAUUUGUAUCGCUAUAUUCAGCCAUGGGAGAGUGAAUUUAUUGACUCGCAACGCGUGUGGGCUGAAUAUGCGCUGAAGCGACAGGAAGCGAAUGCUCAGAAUCGUCGUCUUACCUUGGAAGAUUUAGAGGAUAGCUGGGAUCGUGGUAUUCCGCGUAUCAACACACUCUUCCAGAAGGACAGACACACAUUGGCUUAUGACAAGGGAUGGCGCAUUCGCACAGAGUUUAAACAGUAUCAGGUGCUCAAGCAGAAUCCCUUCUGGUGGACGCAUCAGCGACACGAUGGCAAACUCUGGAAUCUGAACAAUUAUCGCACAGAUAUGAUCCAAGCACUGGGAGGUGUCGAAGGCAUUCUGGAGCAUACGUUGUUCAAGGGCACAUACUUCCCCACGUGGGAAGGUUUGUUCUGGGAGAAGGCAUCUGGCUUUGAGGAGUCCAUGAAGUACAAGAAACUGACAAAUGCGCAACGAUCUGGUCUCAAUCAGAUUCCCAAUCGUCGUUUCACACUGUGGUGGUCACCGACGAUUAAUCGUGCCAACGUUUACGUGGGUUUCCAGGUGCAGUUGGAUUUGACGGGUAUUUUCAUGCACGGAAAGAUUCCCACAUUGAAGAUAUCGUUGAUUCAAAUCUUCCGUGCCCAUUUGUGGCAAAAGAUACACGAGUCCAUUGUGAUGGAUUUGUGUCAGGUAUUCGAUCAGGAGUUGGACGCUCUGGAGAUUGAAACGGUGCAAAAGGAAACGAUUCAUCCGCGUAAAUCAUACAAAAUGAAUUCUUCCUGUGCGGAUAUUUUGCUCUUCCCCGCCUACAAAUGGAAUGUGUCGCGUCCAUCACUGCUGGCCGAUACAAAGGACACCAUGGACAAUACAACGACACAAAAGUAUUGGCUCGACAUACAGUUGCGUUGGGGUGAUUACGAUUCCCAUGACGUGGAGCGUUAUGCCAGAGCCAAGUUCUUGGAUUACACUACGGACAACAUGUCCAUUUAUCCGUCGCCCACUGGUGUCCUCAUUGCCAUCGACUUGGCCUACAAUCUGCAUUCGGCAUAUGGCAAUUGGUUCCCUGGCUGCAAGACGCUCAUUCAGCAGGCCAUGGCCAAGAUUAUGAAGGCCAAUCCAGCGCUGUAUGUGCUUCGUGAACGCAUCCGCAAGGCGUUGCAGCUGUACUCCUCCGAACCAACGGAGCCAUACCUCAGCUCCCAGAACUAUGGAGAGUUGUUCUCCAAUCAGAUCAUUUGGUUCGUGGAUGACACAAAUGUGUAUCGUGUAACCAUUCACAAGACCUUCGAGGGCAAUUUGACAACGAAACCAAUUAACGGAGCCAUCUUUAUCUUUAAUCCACGCACUGGACAGUUGUUCCUUAAGAUUAUUCACACCUCGGUGUGGGCGGGACAGAAGCGCUUGGGUCAAUUGGCCAAAUGGAAGACCGCUGAAGAAGUUGCUGCGCUUAUUCGUUCGCUGCCCGUGGAAGAGCAGCCCAAACAGAUUAUUGUCACACGUAAAGGCAUGUUGGAUCCACUCGAGGUGCAUUUGCUCGACUUUCCCAACAUUGUCAUCAAGGGAUCAGAGUUGCAGCUACCCUUCCAGGCUUGUCUCAAGGUGGAGAAGUUUGGUGAUUUGAUACUGAAGGCGACCGAACCGCAGAUGGUGCUCUUCAAUCUGUAUGACGAUUGGCUGAAGACAAUAUCAUCGUACACUGCCUUCAGUCGUCUCAUUCUUAUAUUGCGUGCCCUGCACGUCAACACGGAACGCACCAAGAUCAUCCUUAAGCCGGAUAAGACAACCAUAACGGAGGCGCAUCACAUUUGGCCAACGUUAACGGACGAGGAAUGGAUCAAGGUGGAGGUGCAGCUGAAGGAUCUCAUUCUCGCCGAUUAUGGCAAGAAGAACAACGUGAAUGUUGCCUCGCUCACACAGUCCGAAAUCCGUGACAUUAUUCUUGGCAUGGAGAUUAGUGCGCCAUCGGCGCAACGUCAACAGAUUGCCGAGAUCGAGAAGCAGACGAAGGAGCAGAAUCAAUUGACUGCGACCACGACGCGCACAACGAACAAGCAUGGUGACGAGAUUAUCACCUCGACCACAUCUAACUAUGAAACGCAAACAUUCAGCUCGAAGACCGAGUGGCGAGUGCGUGCGAUUUCAGCUACUAAUUUGCAUUUGCGUACGAAUCACAUCUAUGUGAGUUCCGAUGACAUCAAGGAGACGGGAUACACUUACAUUUUGCCCAAGAACAUACUGAAAAAGUUUGUGACCAUCUCCGACUUGCGCGCUCAGAUUGCUGGCUAUUUGUACGGCGUGAGUCCGCCAGAUAAUCCGCAGGUGAAAGAGAUUCGUUGCAUUGUAAUGCCACCACAGUGGGGCACACAUCAGACGAUCAAUUUGCCCAAUUCACUGCCCACGCAUCAGUACCUCAAGGAUAUGGAGCCUCUGGGCUGGAUACACACACAGCCUAACGAGCUGCCGCAACUAUCGCCGCAGGAUAUCACUACGCAUGCCAAGAUCAUGCAGGAGAACUCGAAUUGGGAUGGCGAAAAGACAAUUGUUAUCACAUGCUCAUUUACACCGGGCUCCUGCUCGUUGACCGCUUACAAAUUGACACCGUCGGGCUUCGAAUGGGGCUCCAAGAACACAGACAAGGGCAACAAUCCUAAAGGAUACCUGCCAUCGCAUUACGAGCGCGUUCAAAUGCUGUUGUCAAACAAGUUCCUCGGUUUCUUCAUGGUGCCGGCGCAGAGCAGUUGGAAUUACAAUUUCAUGGGCGUGCGGCACGAUCCCAAUAUGAAGUACGAACUGCAAUUGGCGAAUCCAAAGGAAUUCUAUCACGAACUGCAUCGCACAUCGCAUUUCCUGCUCUUCUCGAAUCUCGAGGAUGGCGGCGAUGGAGCCGGUGCCGAUCGUGAGGAUGUCUAUGCCUAAUUUUUGUACAAUUCAAUUUCAAAAUACUUAUUCUUAGGGCAAAACAAUUUCUAUAAGCGUGUGAACGUCAUCGUCUAGGUACAACAAAUGUUUUACAAUAAAGCCUUCAAUUAAUUUUCAUAA